CCAAACUGUUCAGUUAUUUGUUCCUUCUUCCUCUCCUCUCCUCCCUAAACCCUUGAUGUCUUUUGGCUGUUGUUGCUUACAUAUUUGAGCUCAUUCUCCCAUCAUACCACUUUAACUACCCUCCUUCUCUCUCUCUCGAUUUACAUUUGGCUAUUGUUUUCGUUUUCCCACUCUUUUCUCCUGCUUUCUUUCCUAUUCUUGUACACUAUCCUCUCUUCUUCCCUCUUCCCUUAUAACCCAAACGAAAAUCCCUAUACCUCCACUGUUCAUUAUUAUUAUUUUAACGCUCAGCCUGCUCUUGUCAAUUCUGUCAGACGCAAUCGUCCGACAUUAUACCUUUCUGGUAUUUUAGACACUUUGCCUGACAACCAUGACCGAUGUUUCAACUCGCUAUUACGACUCUACUUUCAAUGGCUUGAUGGCCCAGAUCGGCCUCAGCGUUGGCGUUAGCGUCGUUUGUCUUGCUUGCUUUGAAUACAAUCGUCGGAAAAAGACGCUCGACUAUCUCUACUCACCUCGAUGUCGUCUAAGUGUUGAUCCAUCUCCGCCAGUAUCACGCAAACUUCUAGGUUGGAUUAUACCGACAGUCAAGUUGAAGGAAGAUUCUAUAUUAACAAUGUUGGUCUGGACGCAGUCAUCAUCACAAACGUGCCCCGGGACACUAACUUGUUUUGGGGCGCAUGUCUUUUUGACGUACGUUAUCAGUCUCAGCUGGAUGUUUUUAUUGUUCAAAAAUUACUGGCAGUGGAUGGACCUUCGGCGGGAAUACACAUUACAACGAAUUCGACAUGGUGAGAUUGCAGAACGGUCCAUCUUUAUUAGUCGGUUGCCUUCCAACCUUCGAUCCGAUGCAGCACUUAAGCAAUAUUUUGAGUCUCUUAAGAUGGGACCCGUCGAAUCUGCAACAGUUGUCAAGGAUUGUGGUCGCCUCUCUCAAAAACUGGAUCGGAGGGACAGUGCACUCAACAGACUGGAAAAGGCGCAUAUUGAUCUUGCUCGCUCUGUACUUGAAAAUGUCAAAUCAGGACAUUUUCCCGAAGAAGCAGCAACAGUAAUAGUAUCUGACAAAUCUCAUGCUACUUCAUCUUCAACCACAGUGGAUUACGCAACCCUGCAGCAACUUGUGCAAGAUCUAUACAAAGACAGGAAACACUACAAUAAAGUGCGAAAGUCGAUUUCUGCGAUAGAGCGUGCUCUGGCAACUAGGGGCAAUAAGGACACCAGUAUGGUUGCUGCAGACAUAAACCAACCAACUACUGCUAAACAAAUACUUGAGACGACAGCCACCUCUGAGACAGUCGUAGCGCGUCAUGACUUGGAUACAAUUGACAUUGUAGUUCAUCAGGAACCUGAAUCCAUUGCGCCUUUCCGGACAGGACUGCAGGAACCAGAAACUAGUACCGUCAUUACUACUGGUCGCUAUAAUGACCCUGGCAAAAACAGUAUAUGGCAUAUUCUAGCAUCCUUGCGUCGUCAAGAUUUGGAUGCCUUCCAACCGACCCGGACAGAGAAGCGCUUCAAGAGCGGGGAACGUGUGGACUCAAUUGACUACUUUUUGAAGAAGUUUAACCGUCUGGAUAGAAAAAUCGAGGAGCUUCGGGAUGGUUCUUUGAGAUACAAAUCAACUUCAUUUGGUUUUGUCACGUUUAAGCAUCAUCUAUCCGCACAGCUGCCUCAGGGGCUGAGUGUGCGCCUGGCAAUGGAACCUAGGGAUGUACUAUGGAGUAACCUAACUGUUAGCUUCCGAAAUCGUUUUACCCGCACAGUGGCUGUCAACUUGAGCUCAUGGGCUUUAAUCAUAUUCUGGAUUUUCCCUACAUCAUCUUUUCUGCUAUUGAUGUCAUUGACUCAACUUUCGCAACGAUUCAAAUUCCUGGAGCCUAUCCUUGAGGCCUCACCCUUGAUACAGUCCCUCAUACAGAACGUCCUCCCAAUCAUCUUUGUCACCAUUUUCCUUGCUCUUGCACCAGUUAUCAUCCUAGCCAUAUCCAAGCAAGAACUUCCCGUAUCCCAUUCAGAACUGGAGGGCAAAGUCUUACAGCGCUAUUACCAUUUCUUGAUCUUCAAUGUCCUUUUUGUGUUUAUGAUCGGGAGCGCGGUUGUCAAAUCUAUCAUCAGUAUCCUUCAGGAACCAACCAACAUUUUUAAAUUGUUAGCCGAUCUCUUGCCUUCCGGAUCAACAAUUUUUCGUAUUCUACAUCAUCUUCAAUACUUGUACUCAUUUUCUAGAGCUACUUCAAGUGUGGGCGCAGCUUGUGAUCCAUAUCUUUGUUACCGCAAAGAGACUAACAGGAACACCUCGAUCCCUUCAGAGAGCCAUCACCCCUUGGUGCUUUCAGUACUACUACUAUUACCACAAAAUAUCCUCGCCUUUGUAAUCACACUCAUAUAUUCGAUUAUUAGUCCACUGAUCCUUUUGGCUGCCGUGUUCUUCUUUGGAUUUGCACUCCUCAUCUUCAAGUAUCAGCUUGCCUAUUGCUAUAUUCGUCGAUAUGAAAACAGUGGGCGUUAUUUCAGACACGUCUUCCAGUACACAUCGGAUGGUCUGAUCAUUUUCAACGUCACCAUGAUCGGUGUUUUGUGGUUGAAUGAGGCUGUGGUCGGUGGAUUCCUCAUUGUGGUCUUGCUCGGAUUCACAAUUUACUUCAAGAUUACAAGGACAAAAUACUUGCCGUUGGAUACAGGACUUCGGAACUUUGGGCCUGAACCAGAUCCUACGGGUCCGGAUACAGAACUAAGAUCGAAUAUAUUAUCUACUUCUGUCGGGUCCACCUCAACAAGGUCCUGCGCUAGCAGCGCUGCUUCCACUUCCGGAAGAGGGGGGUUGAGAAAGCGUCAUAUUGGCGAAAACGCGCAGACUGCAGCUACUUCUGUCGCGUCAUUGGGCAAUUUGACAUCAGAGGGGUUGGCAGACUUAGGCAGUAGCGAUCCUGUUGGGAGCAGUUCUGGUAGCGGUGGUUCUGGUAGUAGCAAUCUGGGUUUGAGCCAACCAAAGACAUUUUCUCGAUUACGUCCAGCUGCGGUGGAACUUUUGCUACUGGAUACGAAGCAACAGCAACAGCCAUUGAACUUACUAAUGGCGGCUCAGGGCCCUCGGCUGAGGUGGCAACAUCUAGACGAAACAAGAGAGCGACGUAUGGCGAUGGAAACCCGUUGUAUGAGCAUUGGGAUCUGGAUGACACGAUGGAAAUUGAUUUUGCGCUCAACAGUUCAGCUACAGAGGUUGAUGGCAUUGGUAUUGCUCAAAGUCCUCGGUUUGAUCUUCGUUCAACCUAUAUCGCUAAUUGAGCACUCCAGUUAUGUCGCCUCUAUCGGACCUAGCCAAUACACAUUCUUUCCAGCCCAAAAUCAUUCAGGUUCUGGAGCUGGUACAGUUUCUGGAAGCUCAAUUCACAUCACACAACCUAAAAAUGCGCGAGGCUUUUUGAAUAUGAUUUUCGGUGGAUUGAACCAUGAUGACGACAACGAUGAUGAUGAUGGCGAUGGAAGGCCUACAGGAACAGAUAAGCCCCAGUUUGGAUAUGAGACAGGCGAAGAUGAUACCGAUGAUGAUGAAGAUGAGGAUGUACCGAAAGCGUUGGGGAGUUCAAGUGCGAAUGCAGCUGUAAGCGGUACUGGUGAUGGAGAUGGUAAUAGCAAAGAUGGACUAGAGGAAUCCCAAAAGACGCCUUCACCUGCCGCGAACCUUGAUCUGACAGAAACAUUACCUGUCCCCAAGGUUAGGGACAUAUCCAGGAGACGCUCCGAGGGUAUUAUGAAGCGGACCAUGAGUUUUUGGCGCGACUCGGACAAGCCCGAUAGAUCUGGAGUAUAAUAUAUUCUUACUAUCUUACUAUCUUGCUAUCUUAGUACCUUGCUAUCCCCUAACAUAUUAUAUAAUACUUAUAAUAAUAACGAUGUCCUCAUCGAACAAAUGAGUGCACAUUCGACAAAAUUCCC